AUGGGUCUCGUUCAUUUCGAAGAUGGGAAAGUCCUCUUCUACCCGUACACGCCUUCAAAAGCUGCAGGUGUCAUUUUCUUGUUUCUUUUUGCAGGUAUCACAGUCUUUCAUGUUUGGUUGAUCCGUAGAUAUAAGACAAAAUACUUCAUACCGAUGGUACUCGGAGGAAUAUGUGACACAUUUGGACACUUGGGACGCGCCUGGGCAGGCUCAGCGCCUUUAUCCCCUAAGCCAUUCAUGUUGCAGCUCAUGCUCAUUCUCGUUGCGCCUGUCUUCAUCUCCGCAACCAUAUACGUCAAUCUCGGAAGACUAAAAGAGGCCUUGCUAGGCCAUCAAAGGCGGAAGUGCAGCCCUACCAGUAUCUUCAUUCUCACGGAUAUCAUCGCCUUCUGCACACAAAUCGGCGGUUCACUUGUGCAAGUUAUUGCAAACCCAAAGAUCAUGGAAAUUGGAGGCCAUGUUGUCUUGGGCGGUCUACUUUUCCAACUCUUCGUUAUGGUCGUCUACUUUGCUCUCGUCAUGCGAUUUCAGCGGGCUACGCAGAGGGAAACGAUUUAUUUACAGCAUUGGAGACGUUAUGUUUGGACCCUGAUCAUCUCGGUAGUUGCUGUCUGGGUGCGAAAUCUGGUGAGGGCAACGGAAUUCGCUGAGGGUUGGUACGGGUUCGUCAAUCAGCACGAAGCCAUGAUGUACAUUUUUGACUCGUUCUUGAUGUUCUCUGUCAUGGUGGCCUUCGCUGUCUUUCAUCCCGGUAAACUCAACGAUACAGUAGGAUUGGGGAAGAACACGCAACGUAUCAACUCGGAGCAGGUGGUGAUGGGUCCUUUCGGGAACAUAGUCUAG